AUGAGUUCUCCGACGCUUAACCUAUACCGCGUGUACGAGUCCAAGACGCGUUCAACCGAACCAAUCCUACUCUUAAUCAGUCCGGGAGCAGAUCCGUCCCAAGAGCUGGUCGAGGCUGCUGCAAUGAGGUUUGCAAGCAAGACAAAUACCGUGUCCAGAUAUCGGCAAGUGACUAUGGGCCAAGGGCAGGCAGAUCUCGCUCUGGAUGAGUUACACGCAGCUGCUGAAGUCGGUGACUGGCUGUGUUUGAAAAACCUACACUUGGUCAUUGGUUGGUUACCGACGCUGGAGAAGGAGAUCAACCAGUUGUUGCUCACAUCGGGAGACAACCGCAUUAACUCAUCCUCAGAAAUACCUGGUACUGGACGAACUCGCGUGCACCAAGACUUCCGCCUGUGGCUCACUGCAGAACCCCAUCCGGGAUUCCCAUCCACCCUAUUGAAAUCAUGCCUAAAAGUUGCAUACGAGGCGCCUCCUGGCUUGAAACGGAAUCUUCGCCGCACUUAUGAAUCGUGGACACGCUCAUAUUUCUCCAAAGGCAAUUCCGUCACACGGGCUACUGCUCUGGCCACAUUGGCGUGGUUCCACGCGAUUGUACAAGAGAGACGAACUUACACGCCACAAGGGUGGACAAAAUUCUACGAAUUCACCUACACCGAUCUCCGAGCUGCAGCCGAUGUCAUUGAUCGUUUGUUCCUGGCUACAGGCAACAAAGGACCAGUCAAGGACGCAUGGACAUGGAUUCAAGGACUCCUGGGAGAUUCGAUCUAUGGUGGUCGUUUGGACAAUUCGGUUGACUCCACCGUAUUAAAAUCAUACCUGAAACAGAUGUUCGGUGAAGACAUGCAGCGCAGCCUUCGCCUUGGGCCACUGAAGUUGCCAGGAACGACAGAACUGAGAGACUAUCUGAUGAUGAUCGAGGGACUACCGGAGUACGACCAGCCAACACACUUUAAUUUGCCCGCCAAUGUCAGUCACAGUGUCCAGCGCAAUGCGAUGAAUCGCAUGAUCGGCCAACUUCGUAUGCUAAGCCGCACAGUUGGGACUGGACACAAGUUCGACAAAGCAGCGUGGAGUCAUGAGUUGGGUCCAAUUUUGGUUUUGUGGAAAAAGCUAAACCAGGGGCUUCAACUUAUUCAAACACGUUCCGCAGGUUCUAAGAGUGGCGGUAUAGAGAGUACGCGGCAACAUUUAUGUCUCACGAUGGAGAAUGCUGGGACUACUGAGAAGAAUCCAGUGUUAGACUUCCUGCGUUUGGAGUCAUCUAAUGCUCUGCGUUUGGUGAAUAUCGUCCACUCUGGUUUGGCUGGCCUUUCUCGCGCCUGUCGUGGCACCCAAUUCAUCACUGCAUCUCUAUACGAUUUGGCCACUAAACUGUUACAUAGUGAAACACCUAGUAUUUGGUUGGCCGGGUGGCAGGAAGGGCCAGAGGAACCGAUACACUUUUUGCGCCAACUUGUAUCCAAAGCCAACGCUGUACAAAAUUGGUUGAAGCUGGCCGAAUCCCACCAGCUACUGCAACAUAACUCAGGGCCACUCGACCUGGCAGAUCUGUUCAGACCCACAACUUUCUUAAACGCCAUCCGACAGCAAACGGCCCGUGGCAUUGGGGUUCCCAUUGAUCAGCUGGAAUUAGUAAGCAUUUGGCCCGAGCAGCAGAGCGGAGUUCAAUGGCAAAGGGAAGAACCUUACUCCAUUCGUGUCGCGAAACUGAAAUUGGAAGGGGCCAGCUUUGACUCUGGGCGGCUGGCCCCAUGUCUGUCAGAAUCACCAAGUUUCACGCAUCUACCCGAAGUUCUCUUAGUUUGGAAGAAAAAGAAGGAUCUCGAAUUAACCCACAUGGAGGGAUCUAUUUCAUUGCCUUUGUACAUGGAUCCUGAACGCCAGUACUUGAUUACCAAUCUGCGGGUGCCAUGUCCUGUCGGCUCUCAAAAUCAGUGGAUUCAAGCGGGGGCAGCUUUGUUGGUCACAUGUGCCUGA